CCAGCAUGAUUCUAUUGUAUUGUUGACCCAGAAGUAAUUUAUUUCAAUAGGAUUCACUAUUGUCCAUAUAAUUUCCAGGAAUAUAUCCUUUGGAGAUACAGGAGUCAUACUGUACUUCAGUUUCCUGUGGUCUGGAUCAGUAACUCACAAGUUAUCAUGAUUGCUACUGUUAUGCUAGUGGAAAAAAUAGAAAAAGCUAUUGGGUCUCUCUGAGUGGCUAAUUCAGAUAUAGCAUUCAAGAACGGGAAGAUAAAAGGUGUUCUACAGUAGUACAAGGCAGGCACCCUUGUAAUUUUCUACCUCAUUGCUUGGACUGAAUUGGCACAGACACAGUAAAGAAUACCAGGCAGGCAGCCAAUCCUCAUUCUCCUAAAAAGAAAUGCAUUUCAGCCACAAUUAUUCAGGCAAAAAUCCUGUUAAAAUUUUGUUACCUCUAUGUACACAACACAUUUGCUAUUUUAACUACAAUAUACUAGGAUGCUUCAGAAGUGUAUAAUGAUAGUCAUCGCUCCUUGAGUUCUAGAAACUGUCUUUGUUCCUUUUCAAAAAAUAUCUGCAUAGACAUAUGAGCUUUACUAUGCUACGUACUGGAAGGAUAAGCAAGAAUGAUAUAAAUAUUUAUUCUUUUGAAGUCAGAUAACCUAAAGUCAGCUUAGUGGUCUUGUUAAAACAUUCUUCAAUAAUACAUUCAGAAGCUGCAACUCUAGAGCUUGUAGCUAAGCUCUAUAGAAUGUUAGUUUUCAGUAUUGGUUGUUCAAUAGAAUUUUGCACUGUAGUUCUCAGAAUCACGGAUCAUCAGCCAAGUUGUCUGGUGUUUUUGGGAGCUGGAAUUUAGUCUACCUGGAGGACAAAAGUUUGAAAACGAUUACUAUAGAACAUGGAAACUGUACUAGUCGCCCAUCCAAUAGCAGGAUUGAUUGUUAUUGCAAUUCUCUUUAGUUCUACUGGGAUUCUCAAUGCCUUCGAUAUUAUGGAGAAGGAAGAUGUAUUCAAGAGGACACCUUGCCCAGCUUUUCUGAUGUUUGAGAAUGCUGCUUACCUAGCUGAAAUGAGCUUUGAGUUGCCGUGUAACUGUAAGCCAGAAGAGGUUUCCUCUGUAGUUUGGUAUUUCCAGAAAGGUAUGGGCAGUCAGCAGACAAAAGUCCUGACAGACUUUGAUGGCACGAUGGUAGUGGAUUCCACGCACAUCAAGGUGGGGAUGGACAUGCUCCGGCGCUUCAGCAUUAGGAUGUUCAGUCUGAUUGUCUUUCGGGUUCAAGUGGAAGAUUCAGGGCAUUAUAUUUGUGGCACAAAGAAGGGGGAUUUCUUUUAUGGCUAUGAUGUAGAUGUACAAGCUUCCAAACGCAUAAGUGUUGCCUUUACAGAUGAGAAUCAGCAUCCUAAUAAAGAUAAGGAAGAAAAACACUACAAGAUCUUCACUGUCUUCUGGGACUGGACCAGGUGCAACCGCUGUGAUGUUCGAGGUGAGCAACGUCGGAUUGGUCUUUGCUAUAUAAAGAGUUCCCGUUUGAUUAGACGAUACCGUACAGCCACUGCAGAGGUGGCAUCCUGUGGCUCAGAGUCAAUCCCAAAACAGUUUAAACGUGUUAUUAAGAACAGAAAGCCUGAGAUUGUUAUCCGAAGUUGCUCAGUGCCUUGUAUAAGGAAGACAACAGCCAGUGAAGGAGAGGAAUCUAUUUCCGAUGUUAUAUCACAGAUUGGAGAAAUGCCCUGGGUCUCUAACAUCCCUAUUCAAUUCCACAAGCAAAGACUUGGCACCGACCUGAUCAUUUCCUGUCCUGGUGCCCGGCCAGAGCAUGCUGUGGCCUGGGACAAAGAUUCAACUCGGCUGUACCUCACUAGGUUCCUCACUGGAGUCAAUAAGAGCAUGAGGGUCUUCAUUGACUAUGGAAACCAUCUGCACAUCCGCUUUGCCCAGCUGAGUGACAGAGGUAUCUACUUUUGCUGGCGAGAGGGAGAAUUGGUGGCUGGUUUCCGAUUAACUGUGAUGUAUGAGAGCCGCCGCCAGCGAAGCUUUGAUGAUCCUGAGGCACAGUAUGCUAUCAAGACCAUCUUCAUUUUCUAUAUCCUUCUGACCUUCAUCUUUGUAACCGUCCACGGUAUACGCUUUUGCAUGUAUGCCUUUAAAAUGCCCAGCUAAGGAAUAAUAUCCUGUAGGAAAAUG